ACACUUGCACCUAGGCCUUUCCUCAUAGGCAAAAAUCGAGUGCUCCUCAGAGCUUCCUGCAAAUCCCGACUAUCACAACCCAAAAAACCAAAAAUAAAAAAUGAAAAACCCUCGAAACCUUAGGCUAAUUAAUUGACUGACACGCGCCGCCGGGAAGUUCAUCGGCGCCAUCUAGAUUUGUAAUUAAAGGGAGAGUUCGUAUUAUUCAUUCAAGUUGAGCUGCUAAAUGGACAAGGGAUUUUGGAUGCCAAAGGGUGGUGGACCAAUGACUGACGGGGAUGCAGUUUUUGGUAAUUUGUCUAGUAUGGAGCCCAAGCGUGGUCGUCAAUGGUUCUCUGAUGCUGCUGAACCUGAGCUAAUUCCUAAUAAAAAGCAAACUGUUGAAUCUCCAAUUGUCAAGCCAGCAGCAGGAAUUUCCAUGUCAAAUGCUCUUCAUUGGGAUUAUUCUUCUGGCUUUCACUCUGUACCAAACCAGUUCAUUGAUAGGCUAUUCGGACCCGAGACUACCAGAUCUGUAAACUUAACUGAAAGAAAUAUGUCCACUGUUGGGACGGAUGGAUUAAACAUGAGGAAGAAGUUUGUUGAUGAACAGUUUGGAAAUGACUCUUCUGUUGGUCUGUCAAUAUCUUAUGGUAUCGAAGAUCCAGAAACAUGCAUAAGCUAUGGUGGAAUUAGAAAAGUCAAAGUUAAUCAGGUUAAGGACUCUGAAAAUGGAUUGCUUGCAUCUUUGGAACAAAACGUAGGGAUUUCCAUGGAUCAGACCUAUAGCAGGGGAAGUACAGAUACCUUCAUAUCCAUGGGACAACCCUAUGGGAGUGGGGAUGCAAAUAUGAGAUCUGUGAGUUCUAACUCCAGAAAAGGCAAUGAUCAUGUCACAUUGAUGUCUCACUCAUACGACAAAGGGGAAACUAACACCAUAUCUUUUGGUGGCUAUCAAGACGAAUCGGUUCUUGAUGCUCUGGCAAGGCCAAUUGGUAGCUAUAGCUUAUUGUACGAACAAUCUUCAGAUCAGACAUCUGAAAUACCAAGCAAAAAAGCGGUGGACGUUCAGAAUGCUAAUAUUACUAUGAGCACCUCUCAGGCGCCCAAAUCCAGGCCUGACUCGACAUCUAAAAAUAAGUCUGAAACAAAACCAUCAAGGAAAGAAGCGCCAAAUAGCUUCCCUUCCAAUGUCAGGAGUUUGAUAGCAACUAAUAUACUUGAUGGGGUGCCUGUGAGAUAUGUUUCUGUAUCGCGGGAGGAGCUUCGUGGAAUUAUUCAAGGAUCUGGCUAUCUUUGUGGGUGUCAAACUUGUGAGUAUUCGAAGACCCUGAAUGCGUAUGAGUUUGAGCGUCAUGCUGGAUGCAAGACAAAGCACCCGAACAACCACAUAUACUUUGAGAAUGGGAAGACAAUUUAUCAGAUAGUUCAAGAGUUGAGAAGCACUCCAGAAAGUAUGUUAUUUGAUGCAAUUCAGACUGUGACUGGUUCUCCAAUAAAUCAAAAGGCCUUCCGUAUUUGGAAAGAAUCAUUCCAAGCGGCAACCCGUGAGCUUCAGCGUAUAUAUGGGAAGGAAGCUCUAAAUCUAUGAGAGUAGUAAUCGAAAUGUCCUUGUCUACGAGGAUCAUUCGCUUUCUCAUCUGGCUUCCAUUAGCAAGUAUGAGCUCCAAUGGGAUCAAAUAGCAACAAGAUGUCAAAUCCCAGAUAUCUUCAGGCUAUCGUGCAAUACUGAAAUCCUCAGUUCUGUCCCAGGAUAGUACGUGACACUCUUGACAGUUAGCAGAGGUAAAAGUAUGAAGAGAAAGAAGGAUAAUUCAGUACUCCGUAGAAUUGUCAUGCGGGCUGGGCUGAAUCGGGUUUGGUUUGCUCAGCUCUUUUGACGCGUCUACUCCUCCAACAUGUGGGCAACUAUAAAUCCUUUGGCAAUGUAGUUCAAGUUAAAUUAGUUAGAGCAUCUUUUCUCCUUUUCUUCUGCACUGAGCGUUCUGUUCUACUUCUAAAUUAAUCUGCUGAUUUUUCUUAUGGAAUGUCAAUAGUUAAAGCAUCAUUGGGAUGUUUGUAUGCGAUUUGUGUGGUUUUCUUUUCUAUCUGUAUGAAUCUAAAGACUCCAUCGAAUGGAAUUUGAAUGAAAAAGUUGAAUUGAUAGACAUUUUGCAUUA